AUGGUUCGUUACCAGGCCCGUUCAAGGGUCCUGCAUCUAAGAAAACGCGAGGAGUCAAGUGUUGGUAACUUGACCAGCAACGGACGUACUACAGAGGUCGAGUGGGAUUCAUACAGUCUUGUUAUAAAAGGUCAAAGGGUAUUUAUUCAUUCUGGAGAGUUCCAUACAUUCCGGCUACCUGUUCCUGGUUUAUGGCUCGAUAUCCUCCAGAAGGCCAAAGCAGCAGGAUUUAAUGCGCUGAGUGUCUAUACUCAUAUGGCUUUGGUCAACCCUUCACCAGGGGUGAUUGAUUUCAACGACUAUCGCGCAUUGGAGCCUUUAUAUGAAGCUGCAAAACAAACGGGCAUAUUCAUAGUUCUGCGUCCUGGCCCGUAUAUCAACGCGGAGUCAACCGCUGGGGGAAUUGCACACUGGAUAACAUCACAGGUUGCUGGUGAAUUGCGUACGAAUGCUACUGACUGGCGAGCUUCUUGGCAAGAUUAUAUCCAAGGCAUCAUUGAUCAAACUGCUCCAUAUCAAAUCACUCAAGGUGGACCAGUCAUUGACAAUGAGUAUUCUCAGAGUGGAUACGGACACGCUGAGUACUUUGCGGAGCUUGAAGAGGUCUUCCACAAUUCUAGUAUUGUUGUCCCAUUGACUGCAAAUGAUCCUGGAGAAGGUCGAGACUGGGUCAAUGGAACGGGUGCAGUAGAUAUCUAUGGCUUGGACUCGUAUCCCCAAGGGUUUGACUGUUCUAAUCCAACUGUUUGGAGUCCAGUAGUUACCAAUUAUUACAGCUAUCACGAGUCCGUUGAUCCCAGCGAGCCCUGGUAUUUCCCCGAGUUUCAAGGCGGUUCCUUCGAUGCUUGGGGACCUACGGCACCAGGCUACGAUCAGUGUCGUGUACUUACGGGUGCAGACUUUGAAAAUGUCUUCAACCUUAAUCUUUGGGCAUCCAAUGCGAAAUUGAUUAACUAUUACAUGCUUUACGGUGGAACGUCGUGGGGUGGUCUCCCUUUCCCUGGAGUAUACACAUCGUAUGAUUAUGGUAGCGCAAUCGCCGAGAAUAGGGAAUUAACCACAAAGUACCCAGAACUCAAGCGUGAAGGACUGUUCCUUCGAAGCUCACCUGAGUUCUAUAAAACGAGUUGGAUCGGGAAUAGCAGUACUAGCGCAGUGAUAGUAUCAAACUCUUCUGCAUUCGUGACGCUUCUGCGCAACCCUGACACCUCGACUUCGUUCUAUAUUGCGAGGCAAAACGACUCUACUUCGACGGGCAUAACUACCUUCAAGCUUAAUGUGACCACUUCUGCUGGAAACCUUGAGAUCCCACAGGUCGUGCCAGAGAUUACCCUUGGGGGUCGUCAGUCCAAACUCAUAGUCACUGAUUAUUCUUUCGGUUCCUCAAACGUCCUAUAUUCGACGGCACAGGUUCUGUAUGCAGGACAGAUUGGAGGUCGAGAUGUCUUGUAUCUUUAUGGAGAUUCCACUCAAGAGCAUGAAGUCUCCCUUGUCCUCACGGGCACCCCUCGGCUACAGGCAGAUACUCCACACAUAUCGUCUCACUUGUCUACUGGACAGGGAACUAUCAUUAGCUUCCUCUCAGGAAUAGAAGGCCUCGUUACAGUGUGGGAUUCCAGUGAACAACUUAUUCUGUACAGCGAUGCGGAUACUGCCGGGACGUUCUGGUCUCCUGAGAUUCCAUCAAAUGCAACAUCAGGCGACGCUGCUACUUUUUCCAACUACUGGCAGUUUGGUACAAACACAUCUAUUCUAGUGGGAGGUCCUUAUCUUGUUCGCAACGCGACUAUUACGGGAUCUACUCUCAAUCUACGAGGAGAUUUGAAUGAUAGUGUCAGGUUGACUGUCAUUGCUCCCGAGACCGUUACCUCGAUAACAUGGAAUGGCAUGGAUAUUUCUGCUGAUGUCGCAGCCACAAGCAACUUAACCACUCAAGGAGGGUUCGUAGCACAGAUUCAACCCGCGUCCGGCAUCUCGUCAAUUCCAGUGCCAACACUGAGCAAUUGGAAGUAUGCCAACAGCCUUCCAGAAAUACAGAGUAACUUCUCUGAUGCCAGCUGGACCCUUGCCAACCAUACAACAACGAACAUCCCGUUCAAGCCGUAUUAUGGUGAUGGGAGGGUAUUGUACGGCUGUGACUAUGAAUACUGCGAAAACAUUGUGUUAUGGCACGGUCAUUUCAAUGCGACUGAAAAUACCAAGUCUGUGAACCUUUCUAUUAACGGAGGCGAAGCGUUCGCCGCCAGCGUAUGGGUAAACGAUGUCUUUUUGAACACAUCGUAUGGAAACUCAACGAACAAUGCAAACAUUGUCGACGAAACGGAUGAGAAAUUCUACUUCCCUUCAGGCUCUUUGAAUUACGGCCAGGACAAUGUGAUAACGAUUCUUCAGGUAAGCACCCAUAUUCAUCUGUCUUCAACAGACGAACUUUAUGUUUGUGUUCCAAAGGAUAACAUGGGUCUUGAUGAAUCUGGAUCUGAAAUUGACGAGGAAAAAUCACCUCGUGGUGUUCGCGGUUUCCAGCUGAACACUGGUGAUUUCGGAGAAUGGAAAGUACAGGGCAAAAUUGGUGGAUAUACGAAUUAUCCUGAUAAAGUGCGAGGUGUUCUUAACGAAGGAGGCUUGUAUGGCGAGCGGCUCGGAUGGCAUCUUCCUGGUUUUGAUACGUCAAUUUGGGAAUCGCGAGACAUAACAGAGGGACUGCCAGGCUCAGCUGCUGGAGUCGGCUUCUUUGUCACUACGUUUGAUCUCCAAAUUCCUGAAUACUAUGACGCGCCCAUGUCAUUCACAUUUGACCAGUCUUCGCAGCCGUACCGGGUCCAAUUAUAUGUUAAUGGUUGGAUGAUGGGUAAGCGAGUGGCGAAUCUGGGUCCACAAUACAAGUUCCCUGUUCAUCAAGGUAUCUUAAACUACAGUGGGCCAAACACGGUUGCGAUAGCUCUAUGGGCUAUGGAGCCUACUGCCAUCUCGCCCACAGUCGCGCUAACAGUUGAUGGUGUAUUUGAGGGUGGUGUGGGCGGCAUUGAGGUCAACAAUCCUGCAUGGUCUCCGGAAGGGCGUCAAUGAAUGUAAAUAAGUAUCUCACUGUUGUGUAUUGAUAUGUAUCAUAACGAAUAAAAGGACACUUAUCCCAUCUAGGGUGCGUCAAACUUGUAACAUA